AUGAGGGUGCAGUCUGACCCAUGGUUCUCCGAAUACCUCCUUAGGAUCGGCAACGGAACAGAAGAGACGAUUGGUGAUGAUUAUGUGCGUCUCCCAAAUGAUAUCGUGGUUGGUUACAGUACUGCUGAAGAAUCAAUUGACAAACUCAUUGAAUUUGUAUUCCCAGAUCUCCAGAACAAUUCUACGUCAGCGGCCUACAUGAGCGCACAUGCUAUCCUCUCAACUAAGAAUGAGCAUGUGGAUGAGCUGAAUGCAAUUAUGAUCGAUAGGUUUCCAGCCAAGGAGACGGUGUACUAUAGCUUUGAUUCCAUUGACGAUGACUCACGAAACAACUAUCCCAUUGACUUUCUGAACUCAAUCACACCAAAUGGAUUGCCGCCACAUUUGCUUAAACUCAAAAGCAACUGUCCAGUCAUCCUGCUUAGGAAUCUUGAUCCUCACGACGGUCUAUGCAACAGAACAAGGCUAAUGGUUAGAGCCUGCCAACGUAAUUCCAUUGAUGCAGAGAUUGUUGGCGGGCAACAUGUUGGAAAGAGGGUGUUCAUUCCUAGGAUCCCUUUGUCCCCCUCAGAUGACAUUUCACUUCCAUUCAGAUUCAAGAUGAAACAAUUUCCAAUCCGUCUUAGCUUUGCAAUGACUAUAAACAAAGCUCAAGGGCAAACCAUUCCUAAUGUUGGUAUUUAUCUACCCGAGCCUGUGUUUUCUCAUGGACAGCUGUAUGUUGCAUUAUCGAGGGGUGUAUCACGUCAGUCAACAUGGAUUCUAGCUAAGCCAAAUAAAGAUAUAGAUGCCACGGGGAGAAGCACCAAGAACAUUGUGUACAAAGAUGUAUUGGAAUGGUGUUGCUCGGUUUCAUGA